CAACAUGCAGCAAAGCGAGCCUGUCCAACUGACUCCAUGUGGUCCGGUCUAACAAACCGGGGUGUCUGUAGUCCAAUCUACAGAGAGCUGCAGAUUGGACUACUGCAGCUCUCUGUGCUUUGGUUCGGACCGGUCAUCUGCUCAUCGCCUCCAGUCGGUCCAACAUCCAGCUGCUGGCUGGUAGGACGCAGAAGGAGCGUGGAACCCCAGUUUUGGUGUCUUCUUCCUGUUGUUAAAUUAGCCACUUCUUACCUGCCUGGACUUCUGUUUGUUCAUGCUCCAGGAGGAACCAUGAGGUCCAGUUCACAGCUGAUGUGAUCCACUCCCAGCUCAGAGCUGGAGGUGAGGGAGCCUCCUCUGAACGAACCAAUGGACACUGGAGGCACAUCUUUAUCUACUGGCUUUUAGUUCAACUUGACCUCAGUCAUCAUCUUUUUAUUGUUUUUCUAUUUCUCUGUUUCUAUUUUUAUUGCAUCAUUGCCAUAAAUUUGAUUAAUUUUAGUUUGUAAAGCACUUUUGACAGCGUGAGUUGUUUGGAAAUGUGCUGUAGAAAUAAAGCUGACCUUAUUUUUGUCAUUUAAGUGCAGCUCUUACUUACCAUGACAAAAUGGCCCUAAAAGCUUCUUUACAUUUUUCAAAUGAUGGAAAAAUUUUAACAAAAAUUGUUAAAACAAAUCCCAAAAAUGUUGUUCAAGCUGAUUUUCUAAUCUGUUUUCCAUACAUUAAAGGAUGUUUAUCUGAAGGCCUGAAACGUUGAGAAACAAAGUGCUAAUCUGACUUAGAUGAGAAGGACUUGAUGGUUUUUAUUUUUAGCCUGAGCAUCAAAUCUUUUGAUGGCUGAUGUAGUUUCGAAGCUGCCCUGUUUCAUGUAAUUUUCUCAUUCUUUCUACUGUCUUAUCUCUAAGAAGAAAAAAAAAAACCCAAACAGACCUGAGCUAGUUCCUCUUUCAGCUGAUCUGCGUAGGAAACACCUGCUAACACACCCAGAGGUCCUGGGAAAAAGACACUUUAUGUUUUUUUGGUAUUCUUAUGCAGAAAAAAAUCAUUUAAAACCACCAAACUGAACCAAAAAGCCAAGUGGAGCCUUGAAGUUCCCUCUGAAGGAGGACCAGAGGAGAAAGUAAGCUGGUAACAGGGAGUGUUUCUCUUGGAGGUGUGAUUUUCACAUGCUUGGUGGACCGUGGCAGACUGAUGGACUUCAUCGUCACAUUGGUUUGGUCGGUAUGUAAAGCAGCAGUGGGUUCACUUUCUGAACAGUGGAAGAAAGCUGCAGAGAACAUCAACAGCCAUGGGCCUGAAUCACUCCAACCCUAAGCUGUUCCCAGGAGACAUCGUGGAGUAUCCUAGGAACAAAUACUUCUCUCAUUUUGGAAUUUAUUUUGGAGAAAGGGACGGCGUUCCUUACGUGGCACACCUGACAUGCAGAGAUGCUGACACAAAGAUCCCGCUGUUCGGCCGAGCCCUGAGGUCAGAGAUCAAACUAGAUCCUCUGGAGAUGCUGGGAACUAAAUACAAGGUCAACAACAUGCUGGACGACACACACUCUCCCAGAGACUUCCACUCUGUGGUGAAGCCGGCCAUCGAGGACAUGAUGGGCCGAGAGGUGACCUUUGACAUGCUGUUUCACAACAGCGAGCACCAGGCGACACUCUUCAGAUACGGCGUGAAGAAGUCGCAGCAGAUCGAGCUCAUCUACAAGCACAUCAUGCCGGCCUGGAAGAAGCUGUUUGACAAGAAGCAGCUGUGAACGGCGCUGUUUGUACAGUUUACCACCAGAGGGAGCCCUCGCCUUCAGUCUUAAAGACUCAGUUUUAACCACCUUUUCCAUCCCUACUUCUUCCAAACUUUCAUCCACUUUAUAAAUAUUCCUCCCCUUUGCUAUCCAUCUGUUGUUCAUUCCGUUCUCCAGACUUUCUCAACUUAAAUAUGUGUUUUAGUUAUGUUUUUAUAUCUGUAAAUGACUUACAGAUUUUUUGGUCAGAUGCUCGUUAAGUUUCUAAUUGAUGUAGAUUCCUGCAGGGACUUGAUAAUGUUUCAGGAUUUGUUGUUAAUGAUAUAUGUUAAUAUUCAGGUUGUGAAAUAUUAAAUCUUAAAUAUAAUGUCUUUGAUUUAAAAUGUUUAAAAAAACACCAUGACUAAUAAUUAAUAAUGUAACUUGAAAGCACCAUCACAUGAUCAGCAUAAAACCUUCUGUUUAUUGUAAAUCGUGCUCAGAUGUAAAUUAGUCUAAUAAGUAAAAUAUGAAUUAAAAAGGCUCUGAUUGGUGAA